GAAGCCUUACCCACGUUAAAUUUUAACCUUGCUUGCGUCUAGAAAUAAAAUCAUAGCUGCGUGUGAUAUGCAGGUUGACUCCGUCGACGAAUCACAGGCUUUUGUCUAUUCUAAAAUGAAACAUACUUAGAUGCCAACUAACCACUACCAGUCGAGUUCGGUGGGUGAGGUGAACCUAACGCUAAGCUUCAAGAGCUCCGAAUAUAGAAGUCAUGAAGAAUGAGAGGUAAGGGUGGUAAACUAAAAGACCAAUGUUAUGGCCAGAAUAGUAACCCCCUUUCUUCAAACCCCACGAACUCCUCGUGGGGCUCAGAUUUGAACCCUAUGCCCAGGCCUCUUGCUUUGUGAUAUAUCUAUGUGAUCUUCACUUCUUAAAAAUUCCGGCGCAUCAUCAUCCUUCGAGAUCUAAAUCUAUUCUUCGCUACCAGGAGAAAAGGCAUUCAAUCUCCGCCUUUUCUAUUCCCAGGCAGAAGACAUACAUAUACAUAUUCUGCAUUGCCUCUUUGCCUAAACUCACCGAGUACAUUGUUGUACUUUCCUCGAGGCGCUCUUUACCGAACAUCAUGUCGUUGUCGAAGCAACGCAUCUCCUCGCCGCUAGAAGCAGGGCGGUCGAUAAUUGAUGCCUACAAUCUGCCAUCUCAUUUGACGGGGGCAUUGGAAUACACGUCUAAGAGGCUUGCGCGGAAAGCCUUACAUAUUACCUUGGUCGUCGUACGGAAGGACUAUCAGCUCCCAAGCGUAGUGCCGCCUUGCCUAACACCUACGUCGCCCCCACCCACACCGGGCAUCACAUCUCCCACACGUUUUACCUCACCCGUGGCCGGAUUGAGGCAAUUAGUCCGAAGGGGAACGGGUAGUUCUUCGUCAUCCGCGGUGUCCGACGCUGUCUCCGGGGCACCCACUCCAACAUUCCCACCUCCUCCGAGCGAGCCUCUCAUUAGCCCUCGCCGCUGGGUUUUGCCCCCAACGCCUGGCAGUCCAAUGCCUCGCACACCAAUGACACCUAUGACGCCUAAUACACCAUCCAGUAUCGUCACAUCAUCCUCGACAACCUCUCUAAGCCAGGGGCCGAAUGAAUUCGGCAUUAAGUUGAUCUACACCGGUCUCCUCUCCCCUAAAGCCGAGAAGACUCUACGAACCACCAUUCUCAAGGCCGAGCGCAAAUUUCAAAUCGGCACGGGGUGGUUACCUCCCGCCACGACUGCAUCUGCGUGCGGUCUGAAUGCAGAUUUGGUGCGAAGGAGUAUACUACAGAAUGAAGUGCUCUUCUCGUCAGAAGGCUUGACGCUGCUCGGUUUGGAUCGGCUGUAUACCUUCAAAUCGGCACUUGCCGCUUAUGCUCGGUCUAUAAAUAGCGGUAGCAACCCAUCGACUCCUGCCUCACCCACACAUAAAAUUACGGAUAGCACACGUAUCGAGGAUGCGGUAGACUCAUUACGACGUCUCGUCCUGGCAAACGGUGGACGACCCGUAUUGAGGUCCGACCUCCACCGCAGUUAUGAUUGGCUCGGUGUCAAUGUUCGUGCGCUUAGAGACGUGGAGAAUAUGUAUCGAAGAGCAUACGGCGGCCCGGAUCGAAGUGGUGCUUUUGAGAUGACACCAGAAGAACGCGAACGUGAGGCCAAGCCGGUGGUUUUGAUUAGUUCCCCACCACCACCCAAGACACCACCCAAAACCCAAACAACGCCUGUGCUUAAGCUGAACACAAAACUCGCUACCGCGACAACGACUAGGAUAUUCAAACCCAAGGCUAAAGCCAUAUCAUCACAAGCUCCAACAACAACACAGCCAGCAAAUCCAAGCGACGCCCCAAAACCACAAACCGGCGAAAUCACAGAACUAGAAAUAAAAAUCGACCCCUUAUCCCUAUCCGCAGGCGAGGAAUCCGACACCGACCAUAGCAACGAAGGCGACGUUACAGCACGUCCAAUCCCCAACUUCCCGCUCUGGAACGGAGCAUCAAUCGACGAGAUGAUGCUCUCGCCAUGCGAUACCCGACAAUCGCAGCGUCUGGGCCCUACGACGCCGAAUGGGUAUGAUGACAUAUCGCCGAUAACACGGGGAGAGUGGGGGUUUUUGUUUAAGAAUGAGGGUUGGCAGAUGCAGGGUCGUACCGCAGCUGUAGAGACUUGCUGAGCGAUCAGAUAUUUAUACAUAUGACGGUGUUGAUUUAUGUACAUUGGUAUGCAUUUAUUAUUCGUGGGGUUGUUUAUUUUAGGAUUUGUUUGUAUGUACCUAAGGCCUAGGGAGGGAUGUAUUUAUUUAUUAUCGGUUGAGCAUAGCGAAAACGGCCGGACGGGUGGACGGAUGGAUUGGUAAAUAAAUAAUUUGAUGAU